UGGCGACCAGGCGCGCGGGCUGCUGCCACCCUAUUUAAACAGAGGCUAUGAGACCAGGAGGAGCAACGGAGGUCCACCGAGAUCACUCAGGAGGCAGAGAGACGGGGGACGGGGGAGGAGGAGGGGGAGGAGGAGGAAGAAGAAAGGGGAGAAGGAGAAGAAGAUGCUCUUGGCGCCCCCGCCACCAUCGCAGCAUCAGGGAUAAGUCGCGGGAGAGUUGUAGUUGAGUUGCAAAACAUCCCCCCCCCCUUUUUAAAAAAGAAAAAGCAACACAUUCCCUACUAGGCAUCAAGACGAGAGGGGGAGAGAGAGAGAAAAGACGAGGCGCUCCUUGUUGUUGGAUCCAUACAAACUUUGCAGGGCUUGCUUGGUUUUUUUUUCCCCUGGCGCGUGCUCUUCUUGCAUCUUUGGGUACGUAGUUCCCGUGCAGAAGGCAUUCAGGAGUGCUUUCCCACCCCUCUCCGAGUUCUUUUUUUUAUUUUGCAUCGCAACCAUGCCGUCCUUUUUCUUCCUCGGCUGCUUUUCUUGCAGUCUGAUGGCUUGGCUGCUCCUCGCCGGCGGCAGCAGCAGCCUCCCUGGCGUGGAGGAGGAGGAGGAGAAAGCGCUGCGGGUGCUGGUGCUUCUCCCCAAGGACAACGCGUACCUGUUUUCUCUGGCGCGGGUCAAACCGGCUGUCGAGUACGCUGUGCGGCGCCUGGAGGCGAACGGGACGCUCCUGCCGGCGGGCUACAAGUUCCGGCUCUUCUACAACGACUCGGAUUGCGGCAACGGGGCGUUGUUCAGCCUGGUGGAUAUGGUCGCCUUGAGCGGCCAGUGGCCGGACCUGCUGCUGGGCCCCGUGUGCGAGUACGCGGCCGCGCCCGUGGCGCGCCUGGCCUCGCACUGGAACCUGCCCAUGAUCUCGGCCGGCGCCUUGGCCGCGGGCUUCGGCACCAAGACGGGCGAGUACUCGCACCUGACCCGGGUGUCGCCGGGCUACGCCAAGAUGGGCGAGAUGUUCCUGGCGCUCUUCCGCCACCACAACUGGAACCGGGUGCUGCUGGUCUACCACGAAGACAAGGAGCAGCGCAGCUGCUUCUUCGCCGCCGAGGGCGUCCAUGUGGUCUUCCGCGACGCGGGCUUCCACAUGGACGACUUCGCCUUCGACGAGAGCGGCAAGUACGCCGAGGACGUGGUGCGCGCCAUCCAGGGCGGCGAGAAAGUUGUGAUCAUGUGUGCCAGCAGUGACGCAAUAAGGAACAUCAUGUUGGCUGCACACCGGCAAGGAAUGACCAAUGGAGACUAUGCUUUCUUCAGUAUUGAACUCUUCAAUAGUUCAUCAUAUGGUAAUGGCUCAUGGAAGAGAGGAGACAAAUACGACCUUGAAGCAAAGCAAGCGUACUCAUCCCUCCAGACAGUCACACUACUGAGGACAGUGAAACCUGAAUUUGAGAAGUUUGCCAUGGAGGUGAAGAGUUCUGUACAGAAACAAGGAAUCCAUGAUGAUGAUUACGUUAACAUGUUUGUGGAAGGAUUCCAUGAUGCUAUUAUCCUCUAUGUUCUGGCUUUACGGGAAGUUUUGAAGAAUGGCUUCACUAAGAAAGAUGGAGAAAAGAUUGUCCAUCAGACAUGGAAUAGGACAUAUGAAGGCAUUGCAGGGCCAGUAUCCAUAGAUGCCAAUGGAGAAAGAUACGGAGAUUUUUCUGUGAUUGCAAUGACUGAUCCAGAAACUGGAAUGCAGCAGGUUAUAUGGAACUAUUAUGGAAAGCAUGGACGGCUUGAAAUGCUUCCAAAUGUAAAUUACCCCUGGAAACUCAAAGCAAGAACAGAUGACAGCCGAGGUUUGGAACACCCAAGCAACACACCCUGCAAAUCAUCAGGUGGUCUAGGAGAGUCAGCAGUUACAGGAAUUGUUGUGGGUGCCUUGCUAGGAGCAGGAUUGCUGAUGGCUUUCUACUUUUUCAGAAAAAAAUACAAAAUAACUAUUGAGAGGCGAAGUCAACUGGAAGAAUACAACAUCGGCAAGCACUGGCAAUUACGAGAGGACUCUAUAAGGUCUCACUUUUCUGCUGCAUGAAGUAAGGAGAAACAAACUGUUUUGUGUGUGUGGAGGAAAUCUGUAGACAAAUGGACACUACCAAAGACAGCAACAGAAAAGAAGAAGCUUAUUAAGGACUCAGCAUUUUAAAAGUAGAGUAACUCUGUCUUAAUUUUUUUCAGAAACUCAGGAAUGAUUUACUAGCCACAUUAUUCCACGUGGCCUUUUUAUCUUGUGGGAAAGAAAGUGACAAAAGAACGAGUGUGUUUUCCCCCACUGCCAAGAUGGUUUUGACACUUGGUGUGUAUCCAAGACAAGUCGCUCUGGUCAGCCAUUUUGUUUCUUGGAAAUGCAAAGGUUCAUUCAGUGGACCUUCGUUAGCUGUACCUCAUACCAGAUUAUAAAAGGAAUGUGGUUUCAGAGACACAGGUGCUGCUUUUUAGUAUUGUUCAGCAUUGAAUAGUGGAGAUUAGAAUUGAGCAAAGGAAGUGUGAGGUAGUACAAAACAAUACAAUUUAUGGGAAAGGAGCAGAAGCGUCUUUAUAGAACAGAAGAAAUCCCAAGACAGUGGAAAGAUAGUAUUUGGUUCUAAGGACCUACUUACACAACAAAUUAGUUUGGGAUAUCAUUCCAAUAGCAUUCCCUGUGAAAGGAUUCCUUUUGCAAAUAUGUUGUAUAUUGGUCUAAACAGGACAACUGCUUGCCUGUGUUCCUGGGGAUGUUUGGGUUUAAGAGAGCUUCCAUUUACAUGGCAUUUUUGUUUCAAGAAAGCUCCCUCCUCUGUAUCAUUUUCAUGACCUGAAAUAUGGAUUCUGCGGUGAUCCUGUCAUAAAGAUCACUGUAGGAUUAUGCAUUCACUGGUUACAUGUCUCCUGCUUUUUAAUCUGUUGGGUGUUUCUUGUGUAAAGUAAACACGAACUAUUUCCAGAAAAGAGGCAGGCCUGAUCUGCACAUAACCUGGCACCAGGUAAAAGAACCCUGAGGUGGUAGAGUGGUCUUACAACUUCAGAAUACAGAUGAGUUGAGAGGAGGUGCCAUUUCUGAAUACUGUACUCCAAUUUAUUUUUAAAAAGCCACACACAAAGGAAGGAACUGAAUGUAGCACUAGGGUGAUUGUUCCAAAAGGGCAAGCAUUGUGGCUUGCCAGAGGCAACAGUCCCCACUUUCCUCCCCCAUGAACUGUUCUAGGGGUUCUUCCACCCCUGUGCGUAGGGCUUCUGUUGAUGUGAUUCAUUCGUUGAAUCCUUCCCAAUAACUGAGCAAAAGGGGGCAACAUGUAAAAUGGAGAAAAUUCUAGGCUCCCUUUCACACAGCCAUGCUAGGUUUCUGCAUAAAUAUUGUUUUUUACACAGGGAAGCAUUCAAAAAUAUAAUUUCCCUUACCUGCAUUCUGAAGUAGUAUAAUCCAAUCUGUCAGCUCAUUCCCAUCUCAUCCUGAUUUAUGUGUAGACUAGGCCAAUAACAGUAAAUGAGAUCCUUGCCUCAGACAAAGCACCUUUGGCUGAUCUCUUUACGUACAUAGAGAUAUGUACGCACAAAAAUACAAAACAGCUAGAAGUUCUGGCUCCUCUGUUUUUCUCUCCACCAGGUUGCCCUUCUGCUUCCUUAGCCUUUUGGUUCCCACUGCUAAAAUGGGAAGAGGUGGGCAAGGCAAGAAUAUUGAUUUGUGUAGACGUGUGGGCGUGACAGCUGUGCAGAUGAGAGAAUCUUAGGAACUGAAUAGUACAGCUUUAAAAAAUAAUCAGGCCAUUACUCAGCAGCAUGUUCCAUUGAAACCUGUGGUACUUACUUCUGAGAGAAAUGAGUACAGAGUGAGGAUGCGAUAUAUCAUUCCUGCCUCAGAUUCUUCAGCUGGAAGCAAGCACCCCAUGGCCACCUUUGAGACCUGAGUGUAGCCCAAACUAUGUAAAUAUUAAGUAUUAGAGUGGUUUUGUACAGUAAAGGCAACUCCAAACUUUUUUGUUGUAUAAAAAGUGACAUCUGGCUAACAUGUUAUUUUUUAGGUAUUCUUAUCAUAUUUUUCUAUUAAGAAAAAAAAUGUCUAUUUGAGGUUGUUUUGUUUCACCUUGGAAAUUCAAAGUGAGAGCACAUUUGAAGAGCUAUUUUUCUUUUCUUUUUUAAAUGUGUGAAUAAUAACGAGCACAGAUCUUAUAUGUAAAUAAAAGUAGUAUAUUUGACUUUUGCAUAUUGGGCCAGUCCGCCCCUUCCCCUUCUUUCUUUCCCCAGUCAAGGAAUUCUCAUGCAGUGGCAAGAUUCCUUUGAUGAUAUAGAACAGAGCUGGGGAAGCUGUGAUCCUCCAGAAGUUGCUGAACCAAAGCUUCCACCAUUCUUGGCCACUCACCUUGUUGGUUAGAACUAAUAAGAGUAGGACUCCAAUAACAUUUGGAAGGCCAGAGAUUCCCCAUCCCAAUAUAGGGGUUGAGAGACUUCAUGCUAAUAAUCCCAGGUUUCUCUAAAAGGAAUAAUAUAACCAUCUAUUUUAUUGGAAGGGUACAUGAAUAUGGCAGUUUUAACAACAACAAUCCCUCUUACCUAUGUUGAUUUAAAAAUACUAUUAGAUCAGUUUUUUUCUUUCUAAUGUCAGUCUUCAGAGAUGUCUCUAUAUUGACUCAUCUGUUGAGGCAUCCCCAAACUGUGGCCCUCCAGAUGUUUUGGCCUACAACUCCCAUGAUCCCUAGCUAAGAGGACCAGUGGUCAGGGAUGGUGGGAAUUGUAGUCAAAAACAUCUGGAGUGCCAAAGUUUGGGGAUGCCUGUCCUACACGGUUCCCAACAGAACCGGCUAGUGGUUACCAGAGAAGCAGCAUGAGUUCUGGGCACUCCUGGCCACCCCCAGCAGCCCCACACUUGUAAGAUGCUACUUCCUGCUUCUACCACUGUUUCAUGUCGCCUGCUGGCAAGGGUGUCUGUGUGUCCUUGUCUGCCAUCCAGCAGAAGUGGCUAUUCUUCACUCUUUAUGGUGUAACACCUCACUGGCCCCUGAACAUUGUAGAUGAUUCUGGUGCAUGUUUUAGGAUAUGCAUUCAGCCUCAUGCAGACACUGGUGACUCCUAUUCAGUCUCACAGCUACCCUACAUAAAUAGUGGAGUGUGUAACUUAAGAGCUACAACACAUCCAACCUUUUCCUGUGGCUGCACAUUGCAGGGGAAGAUGGAGGUCUAGCUGUAUUUCAGGGAAGCUUGUCAAUUUUUGCUUACCUUCUUACUGAGGAUGCCCUGAUAACUUCCAGGGGACAUCCUUGGAGUUCCUUGGAACAUAGUUUGAAAACCACUGUCAGUUUUUUUCAGCAAUCUUCUGCUCUUUUCCUAAGUCAGUGUGUGCUAUUUUAUUUUUCAAUUCCUUGAGCUUUCCAGCUGGUUCUCCAGUGCUAAUACUAUUCUUAGGUUUCAGACUUUUCAAGAGAAUAAUAAAAUUAAAACACUACCAAAACAUUCUUCACUAAAAUGAAUCAUACACGCAUAAAGCAUACACAAUAAAUAGGCCAAUAGGUAUGCUUAAUUUCAAUUGCUUGGUCCAGUUUAAAAUCAAGCAGCGCAUAACUGCAGUGGGUUGUUGCCAAAAUCUACAAAGAGUACACAGAAGGAUGUGCUGGAAUUUAAUGUAAAGACUGUACAAGAAUCUAAGUACUAACACUGAGCCAACUGAAAAGAAAGACAGUAAAGAAGGCUGGAUGCACAUUUUAUUGAAUCAGCAGCUGUUGGUGGGUGUGUCAUGUUUUCCAACGCAAUGCAGCCCUUUAGGAUAUUCAAACUUUCAUGUUGGCCAACAAGUUGCACCAGUAAAAAAAAAACCACUGGCUUAUCAAUUUCCUUUUUUCUAUUUUUGUGUUAGUGGAAAAUUGGCAUAAGCA